AGAGUAGGAAGGUCCCCCGUCAUCCCCACCUCCCUGGUGUUAUUAUGCAAUGCAAGCCAGAAGUAUUUAAGAGCAGAGGCAGGCAGAAAAGAACGGAUUCCUUCAAGACUUUUUUCUAACAAGAAUGCUUCGGUACUUUGUGGUCCUUUGCCUCCUGGCGCUGUCCUGGGCCAACGAUUGCCAGGUUGCUAACUUUCAGGUGAAACAGGACUUUGACAAAACCAGGUAUGCAGGGACCUGGUAUGCUGUAGGGAAAAAGGACCCAGAGGGGUUGUUCUUACUUGACAACGUUGUGGCCGAGUUUACAGUGGAUGAGGAAGGCAAAAUGACCGCCACAGCUAAGGGCAGAGUCAUCAUCCUAAACAACUGGGAGAUGUGUGCCCACAUGUUCGCUACCUUUGAGGAAACCCCUGAACCGGCCAAGUUAAAGAUGAAGUACUGGGGAGCUGCUUCCUACCUGCAGACUGGAAAUGACGAACAUUGGGUCAUCGACACCGACUACGACAACUACGCCAUCCACUACUCCUGCAGGGCUCUGGACACCACCGGCACCUGCUUGGACAGCUACUCCUUUGUUUUCUCCCGUCACUCAGCCGGGCUGAGGCCAGAGGACCAGGCCAUCAUCACACAAAGGAAGACAGAACUGUGUCUUUUGGGCAAAUACAGAAGGGUUGAACACAACGGCUUCUGUGAUGUGCCACAGUGACACUUUUGAGGCCCCUCUUCUGUGUUCCUCUGCUGGUUUCAGACUGAAUCCCACCUCCACUGCCUCCGUUUAUCCUAAUAAUAAAUACAGUACUGUUAUUUAAAAAUAAACUAAAAAGGGCACAUUAAGAAUAGUCACAUAUACAUAUGAAACUGUUAUUUUUUUUAAACUGUCACCUCAGAUUUACAUCCUAAACACCUGCUUCGUGUUUUGUUUUUCACUGUAAUAGAAUUACAUAAUUCAGGUUGUUUUUCUUCUGUGGGAAAAACCAAGACAACAAAACAAGAGCAAUAAUUUCAUAAUCUCUGAAAAGGAGCAAACAUCUCUGGGUUCUAUCCACUUGUUAAAUAAAACAUUGCUUUUACACCAAAGAACAGCAACGUCUCGUAGUGCAUAUUAACAAACAUAGCUCAGAUAGCGUAGCAGUUUGUUUUCUAAUCUUAAAUUAACUUGUGUUCUUCUUAUUUCAGUUUUUAAAAUAAAACAAUCAAACUCGUC